GCACAGUUAUUACAUAAUAGCAGACACUUCAGUAACCCGUGUCAGAUGCACGCAAAGCCGAAAGGAAGAACAAACACCCAAACUACUGAGACGACUUACUAGUUUCUAGAAAGAGAUAUCUUAGAAAGCUGACUUCUAAAGCAAGGAAAUGUUCCUGUACAUUGUAGGUCUCACAGUCUUCUUCUAUGUCUAUCGGUGGUUCAGAGAACUGGGACAAGUUCCCAAUAAAUCGGAGAAGUUUGUGUACAUCACAGGCUGUGACACGGGGUUUGGGAAUCUCUUGGCCAAACACCUGGACACAAAGGGUUUCCGUGUCGUCGCUGGCUGCUACACGGAGAAGGGAGAAGUUGAGCUGAAGAAGUGCUGCUCUGACAAACUCACAACGCUGCAUUUGGAUGUGAUUGAUAAUUCUAGCAUCAAAAAAGCUGCAGAAACCAUUAAAACCCUGGUGGGAGAGAGAGGUCUGUGGGCCGUGGUCAACAACGCUGGGGUCUCCUUCCCAACUGCUCCCAGUGACUGGCUGGAAAUUGAGGACUUCAAACAAAUGAUCAAUGUCAAUCUGAUCGGGGUUGUUGCCAUCACUCUGAGCGUGUUACCGCUCAUUAAGAAGGCCAAGGGCAGAGUGGUCAAUGUGGCCAGUGUGUUUGGAAGGAUUAGUACUGUGGGAGGAGCGUACUGCAUUACUAAGUAUGGAGUAGAGGCUUUUAAUGACGGUCUGAGGAGGAACAUGGCACCGUUUGGAGUGAAGGUUUUGUGCAUUGAACCUGGAUUCUUCAAAACAAGCAUUACUGACUCCACUGUCUUUGAGAGCCAUUUGCAGAGAUUAUGGGAAAAGUUGCCUCAGGAGGUCAAGGAUGAGUACGGCAGUGAUUUCAUAGACAAAACGAUGCUGGUGGUUAAGGAGAAGUUUGAGAAGAUGUUGGAUCCAGAUCUGAUGAAGGUGGUGAGCUGUAUGGAGCAUGCUGUGGCUGCGGUCCAUCCUCGGACCAGAUAUUCUCCAGGCUGGGAUGCCAAGUUCAUCUGGCUGCCUCUCUCCUACAUGCCAACCUUCAUCUCGGAUGCUUUCGUCUUAAAAGAUGCUGUUAAACCAAAAGUGUCAGUUCUGUAAGCAUAAAAUGCAGUCAUGCUAUGCGUAUGGAUGGAAUAAACCAUUUUUUCCA